GUCAUAUUGACAGUUGAUGAUGACCAUAAAUUAGAGAAACUAUAGGUGGAUGCAAAGAUUUGGGGUGUGUGACUGAGCAAAGAUUUUGAAAUUUGAAAUUGAGUAGAUGGAACGCAAAAAUUCAUAUAGUGUUGCUCGUUAUGUUACGCAGUUACCAAUGUGUUAAAAAGUGAUAGACAUAUAAAACAUCGCCUUUUAACAAUCCAUCGAAGCAAAUUAUUUAUCUAACGUUGGUUGUUUCCUAAGAUGUAUGAAUAAGGGGAGAUAGUGUCUCUGAUCUGUGUACAUAAUCUGUGACAGUCUCUGUAAUCUGUGGCUAUUUACAUUUUAAACACCAUAUAAAAUUAUUAUAUUUCAAUAUUAUAUUUAUUAAAAAAAAUUAUAUCUACUGUUGUGUCAGAAUAUUUAUAAAAAAAUAUGAAUCAGUACUAUUCAUUUCAUACAUUAAUGUCAUCGUCUUCUUUUUGGGAUUCAGUAAACAUAUUGAUAACAAAACCUAAUGUUAUCAACAAAAGAUUGUGGGGUUGUAAGUUAAUAUUUAAAUGUUACUGUAAACCUAUUAAUCCUAAUUGGAAGUUACCGCUAAAAUGUAGUUUAUUCGACUGCGACAGAACUGAUAGCGACUCCUAUAAAAUGGAUUUACUGAAAGAGUUAGGUGUUGUAUUAUGUACUGAUUUUGGAAUAAAAGCUUGUAAAAACUUAUCAAUAUUACUUUUGGAACUGCUACCGAAGAGUUAUACUUCACAUCGUGCUUACCAAGUUAUUUGUAUUAAUAAGUAUGAAGAAUCUGUUACAUUUUAUAAUGUCACCCCUGUUGAAGUAAAUCAAAAUAUAUGUCCUGAAUUUACAUUCAUACUGCAACUGAAAAAUAAUUAUAUUAUAUUAAAAAGUAUUUGUGAUAGUGCUUCAAAAUCAUAUCAGUGGCUUUUAAAUUCUGUUUUACCGCAAUUUGUAAAGUGGGGUGAAAAAUCGUCAAACGACUCUAAAAGACAACAUAUCUGCACUGAAAGUUUAGCUUUAGUUCCAGAAGAUGAAUAUUAUAAAAAAUAUAACACAUUGAAAUUAAAAUAUGGCAAGGAGAUGGUUAAAAUUUGGCCAGAGUGUACUGACCCAUCUAAAUUUGUAUAUGAAGAUGUUGCCAUAGCUACUUACAUAUUAUUACUUUGGGAGAAUAUACAGAAUGCUCAUUCAAAUAAACCCACAUUUGUUGAUCUAGGUUGUGGUAAUGGUUUAUUAGUUUAUAUUUUAACUAGUGAAGGAUACUAUGGAGUUGGUAUUGAUGUACGAAAAAGACAAAUUUGGGAUAUGUAUACAAAUAACAUAAAAUUAGAAGAAAGAACUAUUGUACCUUCAGAUUCCAACUUAUUUCCAAACACAAAUUGGAUAAUUGGCAAUCAUUCUGAUGAACUUACUCCAUGGAUUCCUGUUAUAGCAGCAAGAAGUUCCUACAAGUGUAAUUUCUUUCUCCUGCCUUGUUGUGCCUAUAAUUUUGAUGGUAGUAAAUACCAAAGACAAAAUUCUUCUAAAAGUCAAUAUUCAGAAUAUUUAGAGUAUAUUAAAAAAUUAAGUGAAAACUGUGGAUUUAAAGUUAAUAUGGACAGGCUUAAAAUACCAAGUACAAAAAGAAUUUGUUUAAUAGGGAAAGAAAGAACAUAUCCUCUAGAAGACUAUGAUAAUUAUUGUGGAUUAAUACAAAAAAUAAUUAAUCAGGAGGAUAUAUUACCUCCUACAUCAGAUAAAAAUGCAAAUAUUUGGUUAAAAGAUUUCAAGCCUAGACAACAAACAGAAAGAGUGAAAAACUGUACUCAAAUUGAUAAAUCUAUUGUACAGUUUGUUAUAAAUUGUAUUACAGCCUAUCUUCUUAAAGAUGCAGACUUGAGCAAUAGCUGGUGUCCUGGUAAAUUGGUAGAUAUAAAUGAAUUGGUUUCAAUACUACCUCCGGAUAAACUAAAACACAUGAAAUCAGAAUGUGGUGGACUUCAAACAUUGUUAAAAAAUAAUCAUCAUAUCUUUAAAGUGCAGAAUGGUAAAGUUCAAUUAAGAUAUCCUAAAACAAUUGAUGAUGUGAAACACGCUAUCAAACCCAAUAAAAGUAAACAAGCCAAUAUAAAAAUACACCAGAAGCCUUGUUGGUUUUAUAAUAAUCAUCCACAGGGCUGCCCUCUGACAGAUAACAAUUGUAGUUUUCUUCAUAGUAAUAUAAAUAAGGAUUCAAAAUAAAAAAGAAAUUAAUUAUUAAAAAUAUUUUUUUAUUGU